CAAAAGGUUACUUUAAAGAUUGAAUAGUAUAUCUUAUUGUAUUAUAAGGUAGUGAAAAGUAUAUCCUAUCCCGUAUCUACCCUCUUUUUGGGUAAGAUACGAAAAUUCCGAACAAAACAGAAACUGAGAAUAAAGUAUAAUAAACUCACAAAGUGAGAACAAAUGGAAAUGGAAUGUGCAUUUCCGUUGGAAAGGCAGUGAGAUCCCACUACACUGUCCGGCAAAAGGCAAAUUUCCAAUUCUCAAACGCCAGGGUGUCUUUGUCCGAGCCUACCUGCACCUAAAGCGUACCACUUUUUUCCUCCUCCCUUCUCCAUAUCUUAGUUUUGCAAUCUUGCUUCUUUUUGUUUAAACCCUUCUCUUAAGUCUUCUUCCAGUCCUGUUAAGAUUCUUGAAAGGAAGAACCAGCCUCACAUUCAAUCCACUUUUGCAAUAUAUUAACAUCCCAGAUCGAGAUCAAAUGGAAAAACAACUCCACUGAAGUUUGAAACAAUGGAUUCUCUAAGACCCUUUUUUCCAAUUUUCCUCUUCUUCCUCCUUACUCCAAGCCAUGCUCGACUUCGAGUUGAUUAUUAUCAGAACUCUUGCCCUCAUGCUGAAUCAAUCGUCAGGUCUGCCGUUACACACAAGUUCCAGCAGACAUUCGUUACAGCUCCAGCAACUCUUAGACUAUUCUUCCAUGAUUGUUUCGUCCGGGGCUGUGAUGCUUCAGUGAUGCUAGCUUCAUGGAACAACACGGCAGAGAAGGAUAAUCCGGAUAAUCUUUCCUUAGCUGGGGAUGGAUUUGACACUGUGAUCAAAGCCAAGGCCGCUGUUGACAGUGUGCCUGAGUGCAGAAACAAAGUUUCAUGUGCUGACAUCUUAGCCAUGGCUACGAGGGACGUCAUAGCUUUGACAGGAGGCCCAUCUUAUGCAGUAGAAUUGGGAAGACUUGAUGGUAGGAUCUCUAGGAAAGCCAGCGUGCGGCAUCAUCUCCCUGGUCCGGAUUUCAAAUUAGACAAGCUCAAGGCCAUGUUCGCCCCUCAUGGUCUCACUGUCACGGAUCUGGUUGCCCUGUCAGGAGCACAUACAAUCGGGUUCUCACACUGCAGCCGGUUCUCCAGACGACUUUACAACUUCAAAAGCAAGAGCAGAAUUGAUCCUACGCUUAAUCUAGAAUACGCAAGGCUGCUCAGGCAAAUGUGCCCGAGAAAUGUAGACCCCAGGGUGGCCAUUGAGAUGGACCCAGGCACGCCCGGAACGUUCGAUAAUAUGUACUACAAGAACCUUCAACAAGGGAAGGGACUUUUCACCUCUGAUCAGGCUUUGUUCACUGAUGCAAUGUCGAGGAAUAUUGUCAACGUUUUUGCUUCCAACAACACGGCCUUUGAAGAGGCUUUUGUUGCUGCGAUAACCAAGCUUGGAAGGGUAGGGGUCAGGACGGGCAAACAGGGUGAGAUCAGGCAUGAUUGCGCUCUUGUGAACUAGAUUAUCCAACUUGUUUUUGCAACAUUUUUCUUCUCCUUUGUUUUUCAUGUUCUAAAGCAUCUCUUGAUGAUAAAGAUGGAGUGAGAAACAAAACCAGGUUUCUAUGGGACAAAAAUCCUCAACUCAACAUGUCUAUAUUAUAAUUGUGCUCGACCUUUGGAGAUGUUAAAGGGAAAAAAUGAAGAUGAAAGAUAAAAUGCCAAAAAACAAAGAACAAGCAUUUCGUUGUGUUGUUUAGGGUUCAUGGUUUCAUUUCUUAUUUUAAAUCCCUUGUAUUGGCCACGUAUUAAAUCGCACUAACCACCGACAUUGCGCAAAAGGUAAUAAUCACGUGACAUUUGCAUUUUGAAACUCAAAAGGUUCAUCCGCAUGGAAAGAACCAAGUACUUACGAUGUAGUAACGGGAAGACCAGAAAAAGAAAAGAAAAGAAAGUGGGUAAGCAGCAGCCAUGAAAGGCGGUGUUAUUUUUUUCUUUUCUUUUUUUUUUUUU